CUCAAAUAAGACGAAUAAGACAGGGCAUGAAAAAUACAAAAAUAUUGUAACAUCUGCUUGGGAAGUUCCUUUUCAUCCAAGCAAGAGGCAACAGAUGCUGCUUCUUCAUCUUUUGUUGGCUGCUGCCAACGAAGCAGAUAUCACAUGGUAGCUGUGGUCAAUAUCUUUGACCUGGAUGCAGCUGCCUUUCAACACUAUCCAUGUCGAUACACAAAUUCAUUACAGAUCAUGCCCACAGACAAAGCACUGGUGAUGCAGCUGUUGAUCUAUAAUGCUAUUUUGAAAAGGAGAGAAUAGAAUUGACAGUGUCAGCAUAUGCAUGGUAAUGAAAGUAGGUUGGUUGACAUCCAAAUGACUAUCAGAGUCUAACCUCUUUGGGUUUUCAUUGUGUACUUUGCUGGAGCAGGGAAAGUGUGUCACACUGCAACAGCUUGGGUGCACUGUCCGGGGACUGUGCAACUAGGGCACACAAUUGAAAUCAGGCAAAGCCAGAGGACAUAGAACCAUUGACAAUCAGGUCUCCUGAGCCUGACAUGGUCCACUUGUGUGUGUCAAUUUCAAACGAUGGUCUCAGGCUUGAAUCUGUACAGAAAGGAUCACCACAGACAGUGCGAAAUAGGGGAAAGAAGGCGAUGGCUACUCUGCGGCGCCAGUCAAGAUCCAGAACAUCCUCAACUCGACAGGAUCGUGGCUCCUGCUCUUCCACUGCAUCUUGCCCUGUUUUCUCUGGACCAUACAGUGACCAUGAAGAAGAACCUCAACUGCGCCACCAAUCCUCGCCUUUACUCAAAGGUUCUUUUUCCAGCCUCCACAACGCUACUAGUCUAAGCUGCAAAGGAUCCGUUUCUAGCUUACAAGGGUCUAUUCCUUGUAUCCAGGGAUCAUUACCUAGUCUCCAAGGAUCUCUGCCCAAUUUCCAGGACACUUUACCCAACCUUAGGGGAUCAAUGUCUCGGAUGAAGAGGCGGUCGCUAGGCACCCUGGACAGCUCAAGUCCCAGCCCCAGUGAGUGGAGUACCAGCCCCAGCCUACAAAGUGGUAAUGGCAGCUCCAGUGAGGACGACGGAAGUUGGGACACAAACAGCUGGAGCUCAGGGGCAACCUGCAUGCUACGGACUCCUGUUAAGCAAGAUAGCACCGAGCAAUCAGGGGAAUCAGGUGAAAAGCCUUGCACCACUGACCAGACAUCUGCUACUGCGAUUGCUGAACCUGAAGUCAUCUAUCAAAAUCUUAUCUUCUCUCGCCCUGCUAAAGCUAAAAACAAAGAAGAUUCUGCUCCUGAGAGGGCCUCUACAGUGUUAUGGAAAGACGCAGGAACUCAGAGUGUUUCCAAUUCUUGCCUGAAUAAGAAUGUUGCUUCAGUCUCAUGUCAUCAGCCAGGUGAGAAGACUGAGGACAGGCGCCAGUUCACACAGUUUCUGAAUGAGGUAACUUGCAGGGUGCUAAAAUCUAAUGGUGGUCCACAGCAGCAGAAGUCCACCCUCCGACACCGCUACCCUUCUCCUCCACCACCACCACCCUCAACCCCAUCUCACCUGCCGCUAACAACUGCACUGCAUUCAACACCAGUAAACCCACCACUACCACCAUCUGCAUCAGGAAUAAACCUGUGGUACAGCCCGACAAGUUCAAACCUCCAGACCAUCAAGGAGUAUGAUUCAAAAGAUGUUACGAAUUCUGUCCACCAGUGGAGCAAGUCCUUACCCAGCUGUAAGAUCUUGGAACCUGGGGAUGUGUUGAGGAAAGUGAAAGGGGAAAGUCACUCAUACCAAGAGCAAGACCUGGAGCUAUGUACAAAGGUCCAGACCCAGCCCUCCACUGGGAGACUUUAUUUAGAGACAGAUAUUGACAGAGUGAGACACCUCGAUGAACUGGUAGCCAAUGGCACCCUGGGGAAAGAAAGGAACGCGAAAGGACUUGAGAAGGGUAUGGAGAAGGGGAAGGAGAGGGAAAACAGGAUUUCAUGGGAGAGAAACGGAGGUUUAGGAAUGGAGAAAGGGAAGGAGAGGGAGAGGAGAAAAGAGAACCCCUGGGAGAGAGAAAGGGGACCGGAGAAAGGAAAGAAAAAUGAUAAAGGGAGAGAAAAGCCUUGCUGGGAGAAAGACAGAAGAACAGAGAGAGGGAGAGAGAAAGAGAAGACAGUGGUACCUACCAGUUACGAGCCACCUCCUACUCAAUCAGCUUCCAGUGGAUGGAGUAACACUUGCCCUGUCUUCAGAUGGCCAGAGGGAUUUCCCAGAAUGUCCUACAGGUCUACCUCACUGCCCAGACCUCUCAAUAUCCCUGAACCUGAUGGAGAGAUGCAGCAUGACACGAGCUCUUUCCACGACCACAAGGAUGACCUCCGUAAGCGCCUGUCGUACACCACCCACAAACUAGAAAUGGUGGAAACAGAGUUCGACUCCACUCGGCAGUACCUGGAGACAGAGCUCCGCCGGGCCCAGGAGGAACUGGAGAAAUUCACAGAGAAGCUACGCAGGAUCCAGAGUAGCUAUGCCGCUCUGCAGAGGAUCAACCAGGAUUUGGAGGACAAGAUGUACAGGACGUCCCAGCACCAUGAUGAGGAGAAGAGAGCCCUCAGCCGGGAGAUCAUCGUCCUCAACAACCACCUCAUGGAGGCGAAGAUCACCAUUAAUAAACUCAGAGAGGACAAUGACGUGUACAGGAAAGACUGCAACCUGGCUGCCCAGCUGCUGCAGUGCUCCAAGUCUCACUACAGAGCACACAAGAUGUCUGAGCUGCCAGUGGAUUUACAGGAACGAAUUAGUUCCCACAUGGAGAAACAUAAUCGGGGCAGCGGGGCCACCAUGGCAAUGUGCCACUCCAAUUACACUGACGCCGUGCCCACCUCCGUAAUUGCCAAGGUCCUGGAGAAGCCAGAACCUGGAAGCAGCUGCCCUGUAACACGCUCAGCAAGCCCACUGCCGCAAGAUGGAGACUUUCUUACAGGAACAGGAAGCACUGAUCACCUGAACCGCCGCGUUGCAUAUAAAACAUCUGACCUGUACUGCAGCGAUACAGCACUCUACUGCCCUGAGCGAUGGCAAGAAACAGAGCGCAGGCAGAGCGUCGACCUUCACGGCACCGGGCUGCUUCAACUCCACACCCAGAACUCGACUGAUAGCAACCCAGACGAAGAGGCCUACCACUCUGGAAGUUUCUCCCACCAUGAACGUCAAUCCUCCUUCCAGCAACAUCAGGAGUUUGGGACUGGUAGCCUCCCUGCUUCCAGCUCCUACUCGAGCUUCAGCCUUGCGUCAGACGAGAAGGGAGGAGUAAGUGGUGGGUGUGGGCGCACUGCCAGCAGCACCUUAUCCUCUUCCCACCAGGGACUCUAUAUGGACUGGCGAGAUGGUGGCAUUGGGGAUUAUGAGCACAAAAGCAUGUCUUCGUAUGAUAAAGACAGCCCAAGUUUCCCCAAGUCCCACAGCAUCCAGCACAUGGCAACCACCAGGAGCCCGCAAAAGGGUCCCUCACCAUCGUACACUAGGACGGCUUCUUGCUUCAGUGAACCAUACAACUCCAGCUCCCUCCGUCUGGCCUCGUCUCACAGUAUGGGGUCCACGUCUGCACUGGGCCAAGAUCGUGACAGAGCUCUGGACAGUCGAGGUGACGUCCGGGUCCCUGAGGAUGACCUGAGCAGCCGGUGGAGACAGCUCAGUGUGGAAGACAUCAACACCGUCUCAUCUUCCUACCGCAACAUCACAGGGCGGGCCUCUCCGUACAGUUUCUCCGAGCACCACUUUGCCAUGGGGCCCUCCAAUAAGGUCAAGGGAUCUCUCUACAGCAGCUUCCAAGAUGGAGAUGACGUCUUCCAUAGCCGCAUGUUGGACCAGUGCUUUGCUGUGGGUCCCCCUUCGCCCAGCCGCAGUCCCAAACCGAUGGAGCACCACAAGCAGGAGAAAACGUCUGUUUUGUAUAGAGCCAAGGACGACAGUCAGGACUCAGAGUGCAGUCUGUUCCUCUCAGGGAGCUCCAAAGACAAGGAGAGUAGUGUGGGGGCGACGGCAAGCUGCGCCAAGAAGGACUAUGUAAAUCUGAGCGCAGACAGCUCUGCUGAGUCCUUACAUCAUAGCUCCCUCGAGGCCUCAAGUCUUCAAUACUACCCGAGCCCUCGGCCGAGCGUCCGUCCUCGCCCGAGCUCCAGCUCUGCCCUCAGUGUCGGCCCCGCACUUCCAAAGAAGACCUCUCCAAGAUACCAAAAAUUUGGCAGCACGGGACUGACGAGGAAAGACAGUUUGACCAAGGCACAGCUGUACGGUACACUACUGAACUGAACAAGCCACGAGAGGUUUUCAUUUCAUGCAUGAUGAUGAUGAUGAUUCAUAACUUACUCUACUGUAUGUCUCCCUGCAGCGAACAUACUUGGUAUGAUGGGGUAUUAGUAUGUUGCUGUUUUAUGUAUCUCUUAGCCAAGGCACGUUUCAUGAAGCCUGCAACGGUUUUUCUAUUGUAUGUCAAACAGUGUAGCUACCUGACACCAGCUAUUCAGUGUUUUUAGUGAUGAUGAUGAUAAUUAGAGCUCCGGGGAUCAUUUUUAGCACAAACCCAUAAACAGUUUGCUAUUUUUUGGUGUCAAGUACCGCAAGUAAAAUAGAAAAAGGCCAUUAAUUCUUGCUCUAACAUAUACAGUACAGAUAAUGGACUAAAGUGUGUGUAAUGGACCGACAUGAAUUACUCAUGUUAGGGAGAGUUUAUCUAUUAUAAAGUGGACCCUGCUAAUUACAGGCUGUUAAAAAAUAUUCUCUAAUUUCUCUUAAAGAAAACGCAUGCUGUAUAAUGCAUAUAACUAUGAUGGAAAAACACAUUUCCAGUGGAAAUUGUUGUUCUUAAGCCCCUCUAAGAAGGGUUUAAGGCAUAUUUUUCAAUUGGCUGCAUAAAAGGUAUUAAAAAUGGAUUUUAGCUAGUUUUCACAUGUUAACAAAAU